UACUUUCUUGGCAUGGAGAUAAGUCAAGAAGAAGAAGGCAUAUUCUUAUCUCAAGAAAAAUAUAUUAAGGACAUGCUAAAGAAGUUUAAAAUGCAAGACUGCAAAGCCGUCGUUACUCCACUGGUUCCUAAUGAAAAAUUGAAGAAAGAAGAUGGGUCAAAGCAGACGGAUGCAACCAAUUACCGAAGUUUGAUUGGGAGUCUACUCUACUUAACGGCUACGAGGCCGGACAUCAUGUAUGCUACAAGUUUGCUCUCGAGGUUCAUGGAAAGUCCAACUGAGACUCAUUAUGGAGCGGCAAAGAGACUCCUUAGGUAUCUACAAGGAACCAUCAAUUAUGGUAUUUGGUACAAAACAACUCCUGACUCACGACUAACUGGAUAUAGCGACAGUGAUUGGGCUGGAUCUCAAGAUGACAUGAAAAGCACCUCCGGUUACGCAUUUAAGCUGGGUUCGGGAAUUUUCUCAUGGGGAUCAAAGAAGCAAGAUUCUGUUGCACUAUCUUCAGCCGAAGCCGAGUAUGUUGCAGCAGCCGGAGCAGCGUGCCAAGCUAUAUGGCUAAAAAGAAUAUUAGAAGACAUGGGUGAAUUGCAAAGUUCUGCGACUCAAAUAUUUUGCGACAACAAGUCAGCUAUUGCGAUGGCUAAAAAUCCAAUUCAGCACAAUCGUACUAAGCACAUCGAUAUCAAGUAUCACUUCUUGAGAGAUGUCCAAGCAAAGGGGCAUAUUGAUAUGAAGUACUGCCCAACAGAAGAACAAUUGGCAGAUAUUUUCACGAAGGCCCUGCCAAGAGACAGAUUCCAGUUUCUGCGAAGAAUGCUUGGAGUCACCGACAAAUGCAUCAAGGAGGAGUAUUAAAUAGUGAUGCAUUUAUCUAGAAUAUUCUAUGUAGAAAAGGCUAGAGAUGAUCUAGAGAGUUAAAGCUAGAAAGUAUUCUAGAAAAUUCUCUACUAGAGAAUUCUUAUGUAAAAUCUAGAGUAAUUAGACAUAGAUGUAGAAUACUCUAGAAUCAUAGCAUUUAAUAAGGAUCUAGAAUGAUCCUCUAGCUCCUAUAAAUAGGACUCAUUGUACUCAUUUGCAAACCAAGCAAAACCAAGAAACAUCAAUACAAUACUACUUUUCUAGAGACAAGAGCUCUCCUCUAAAACACAUCAUCUACAUUACACCUCACUAAAAUCACUUAUUCUACUCAUACAACCAACAACCUCUUCUAUUUUCUAACAUUAACUGACUAUAAUUUGUGUUUAGAUCAUAGAAUUACUACGGUUUUAUAUAUUGAUUUUAUCUCAUUGAGGUUGCAGAUGAUAAAAUUAUAGAAGAUCUGAGGAAGGGAUCCAGCCCAGCUGGUCGCCGACUCACUCUCCCUUACAGGACUCUCCAUUACAGGAGGUCUCGGGUUCGAAACUCAAUGGAGUGAGUUUCAACCUAGAUUACUCCAGGCUCCCCCGCCACCCUCCCCCAGACACCCCUGCAGUAAAAAAAGAAAAAAUAAAAAAAAUAAAAAAAAGAAGAUCUUGGUUUUCAUUCAUAGAUUCCCAGUACAUUUGAUCCGGCGGCAUAAUGAUUCUACUAGGAAGUGCUUUCUUCUUUAUUUUCUCUUGUAUAUACUCCGUAAGAUUUAAUAUGGUUUAUGUAUGAUGUAUCAAGUUUGAUGCGUAACCUUUACAACUUUCAUGUACUAUUUUCAUGUAUGUUACUAACUUGUUUUGAGUUUCUCCUAUAUUUGUGACAAUUAUUGGCCUUUGUUGUAAAAAUUAAAAAAGUUUCUGGUUGCUCUAUUAUGAGUUAACAUUUACUGGUUUUUGUGUUGUUAUACAAAUUGUAGGUAUCAUUGGUUGAUAGAGGUUAAAAGGAUUCAACUAUACAUUCAGAUUUAGAGUCCAAGGAGAUGAUCAUUUGCACUGGAAGAAUUCAAUGAUAUAUUUAGAAUAUCUAAUCUAGAUUAUUUUCCAGAUGUAAUGUAUAUGUGUUAAUUCUAUUGUGUUCCGAGCACUAUUGUGAGUUAACAUUAUAAAUAAAAAAUUUGGUGUUAUUUAUAACAAUUUCUAGAUUAUCUCUAUUUUGUUACAUUUAAAUUUGAUUGAAUGAAUAUUUGGAAUGA